ACUCACCCGAUAGACAAACGGCGUUCACCCCCUCACCAAUCACCAAGGCCCCAUUACUGCGCAGAUGAAGACGUUACGAUACAAUGACGCACAAAGUACACACUUCUCUUCUUACAAAAUAAAAGCGCCAAUGGAAGAAGCCAAGCAGGAGAGCCCUGUCAGAUAGCACACUCACCCCUCCCCCUUGCUCACUCUCAACCAACCAACAUAUUAAAAGCCCAUCUCUGUGCCUCCAAUCUGCUACUUUUCUCCCCUUCAUAAUGUCCUUCCAACGAACUUUUGUAUCCUCCAUCUCCAGAGCCGCUAUCAGACCUCAGAUCAGCCGUGUCACAGUAAACAACCAAUUCGCCUCAUUCCGUGCCUGUAUCGCAGCCAUGUCGACGAUUUCAGACGUCAUUAUCAAGGACCACCGUGAGCUCGAGUCGUACUACAACGAAGUCAUCAACUCAGACGAUGUCGACCACAAGACGCGAUUCGGAAACCAGUUUACUUGGGAGCUUGCCCGACACUCUGUAGCUGAGGAAUUACUCAUUUACCCUGCCAUGGAGAAAUACAUUGGCAAGGAGGGUCACGAACAUGCCGAGAAAGACCGUCAGCAGCACCACCAGGUAAAGGAGCUUCUCAAAGAAUUCCAAAACAUGAAAGCCACCGACUCCGCCUACGUCCCCAAGCUCAAGGAACUCUGGGCUGUCCUCGGCCAGCACAUCAAGGAGGAGGAAACUGACGACCUGCCUGCUCUUGAGAACGCACUGGCGAAGCCGGACAACAAGGGUGCGUCGGAGAGUCUGGCCAAGAACUUUGGACGCACAAAGGCGUUUGUACCGUCGAGGAGUCAUCCCAGUGCUGGCGAGAACCCGUUGUUCGAGGGCCCGAUGGGCAUGCUGGCUGCACCUAUUGACCACAUUGCCGAUAUCUUCCGCAAGUUUCCCGAUAACACUAUUAGCCCGAAUCCGUCGAAGAAGUAAACCGUGGGCAGGAAAAUCGAUUCGAGCGAUGUAAGAAUUGGCGUGAUGGAUUUGUGCAGGUUCUAGCGAGAUGAUUAAUGAUAGGGAUUGCCUUUGCAGCAUGAAGAGAGGAAUAUGAAAAGCUUCACAUG